GUAUUUCAUACUUUUCUGGGCCUUGACAGUGUUAUUUAGUUGGCAGUCAAUGGGACUGCCUCCCGGUUUCCAUCCAACCCUUUAAGAUGCGUAUUUGUCGAUCUGAUCACAAGUGAACGGCAUUAAAUACAGGUUUAAACAGGAUCAGCAAUGCUUUAAGAUUGUCCACUUUUGACCACUUCCAGAGGUAGUCAAAAACGCAUUCAACCAGAUUGCAUUCAGUCAAAUGCGUUCAAACAGGCACAAAAGGCCGCCUCCUUUCUGCCUACUGACCUAAUUCUUAAACAUAACAGGACGUGUUGUUGAACCGCGCUAGCCAGAUGGGAUUUAAACUUUGCUGGCUGAAAACGUAAGUUUGGUUUGAAUGUGAAAAAAAUUUUAAAAGCACAAUGUUCUCUUACCAUUCCUGAUUCUAACCCAAACUUUCGGCAUAGUUUUGCAGCUAUCAGAGCAGAAACAAAAGCUGCAUGCUUUAGAUAAUAUUAGAUCGAAAGAUCAGAAAAGGCCCAUGCCCUCAAAUACAUCAGGAAAGUGGUUGAUCAUGUAAAAUUCAGAUGGAAAAUGCAUUCUCGGUAGAAUAAUUAUAAUUGCAGAUGCACAUAAGAUGCAUACGUUUUAGUUUUUAUUUAAUUGAUUUUAAAAUUUACAAAUUGCGCUUUGUUAUUGUAAAUUGAACGCAUUUAGGAGAAGUGUGAAAAGAGAAGAUCAAACGCAUCUGUGUACAUAUAUUAUGUGUGUGCUUGCAGUCUGAAACAGUUGAGGGUGUUAUAUUUUUUCAUUUUCAGAAAAACAUUGAGUGGGCCCCUAAGGUGGCUGCAUAUUUGCUCGGUGAGUAAGGAAUGUGGUUGCAUGCCUUACUCAUAAGCCAGAUUCAGCUCACACACAGUAAGAGUGAGAGAGAGAGGAAAGACGGGGGGGGAGAGACAGAGUGAAAGUAAGCGAGAGAGGAGAGAGACAGGGCAGACUAUGCUCACGGCAAAUGAGCUCAUUCACUCUAAGGUCACACACACAGAGAGAGAGAGAGAGAGGCGGGGAAAGACUUGAACGGAGGCUGUACAACAAUAGCGAGCUCCACUUUCAGUUGUUGCCACACAGAAUGAGAUCGAGGAAGGAUCUGUGGCGCUCCUGAGGAAAGACCACACACUUCUUCUGCCCUCGUUUCUGUGAGGGGGGACGCAGUUGUUGCUGCUUUCCUGUGGAGUUUCCCUCCUAAGUGUUUUUUAGGAUUUUACCUUUUUUUGGUACCCAGUACCUUUCGGACGUAUAGUUCUUGGACUGCGGUUUGGACUGGUUGGUGCGGAUGCCCCUAGACGUGGUCAUAUCCCCUCCGGAGAACUGCUUCUGGUCAGGGAUCCAGCGAACAGACAUGAGGCUCAAAAUCAGAGUCCGCAAGAUGAGGAAAGAACGCAAGCUAAGAGGUGGUUUUGCAGCAUUCUCAUCCUGUUUCCCAGGCCUGUGUGAAGGCAAGCCAGUGGCCACUCUGCCUAUGAGUUUGUCUCAGCCAUGUCUGCCUGUGGCAAACGUUGGUCCCACACGAAUCCUGCCCCAUCUUUACCUGGGCUCCCAAAAAGAUGUGCUCAACAAGGAUCUAAUGGCUCAAAACGGCAUCACAUAUGUGUUAAAUGCAAGCAACACCUGCCCAAAGCCAGAGUUCAUCUCCGAAAGCCAUUUCAUGCGCAUUCCUGUCAAUGACAACUACUGUGAAAAACUCCUGCCAUGGCUAGACAAAACCAACGAGUUUAUUGACAAAGCCAAGGUUUCCAACUGUCGAGUCAUUGUCCAUUGUUUAGCUGGCAUCUCCAGGUCCGCUACCAUCGCCAUCGCUUAUAUCAUGAAGACAAUGGGCUUGUCAUCAGAUGACGCAUACAGGUUUGUGAAGGACCGCAGACCUUCAAUAUCACCCAACUUCAACUUCCUGGGACAGCUGCUGGAGUUCGAGAAAGGUCUGAGAUUGCUAAAGGCUCUGUCCUCGGGUCAGGAGAAGUUGGAGCAGUUAAAGGAAUUGUCAGAACCUAGAGGAGAAUCUUCCAGUGAUCCUGAAAAGGGUCGUCUGGAGGCUGAGAAGGACAGCACAGAAUUGGACACCAAGCUACCUUCUCCAACCUCCCUCCAGCAGGGCUUCAAUGGCUUGAAUCUGUCAGCAGAGCGUAUCCUAGACACCAACCGGCUCAAACGUUCUUUCUCACUUGACAUCAAAUCGGUCUACGAGCCCAACCACUGUCCUCGCCUCACGCCUGCGCACACCGAAGAUGUUCCCAAACUCUGCAAGCUGGAUAGCCCAGAGGCCGGAGAAGCCAAUGGUGUAUGCCAGUACUCACCUGUCAGCCCAAGUUUAGCUGAAUCUCCAGGCCUCUUUCCUGAGAGCAGCGCCCGACCUCGUUCGCGGAGGAAAAACAAGCACAAUGGUAGCAGCGCUGGAAGUUCUCCUGUGCACUCGCACUUCGGACACUCACUCUCUGCACACAAAAGUCCCAGUCUUGACGACAAUCUGAAGCCCUCCCUGCUGCUCAGCCUUCCCACUGUGGGCACCGGGCCCAUGUGGACCAAGCAUAGAGACACCGUACAGGCCACGACCCCUGUUACGCCAACAGGCGAAGCCCCUUGGUUCUACACCUCGGAGUCAAUGAACAGUAACGGAGGUGGAGGAGGGGCGGUACACUUUCCUGCACUAGGAUGCAGCAGCCUUCCCGGCCCAUGCGAGGCUGUGCGUCUGCGGGAGAAGGUGGGGGAGCCACGGGACUCGAGAGGCAGCUGGCACGAGGACGCUCCCACUUCCAGUGCUGCCGAUAAGCAGUACAAGCGGCGCAGCUGUCAGAUGGAGUUUGAAGACGGCAUAUCGGAGACACGUUCAAGGGAGGAACUGGGAAAGAUCAGCAAACAGUCCAGCUUCUCUGGAAGCAUGGAAAUCAUUGAAGUAUCCUGACAUCACCUGCACAGCCCCUGGGGACUUUAACGCACAGACGGACAGGCGCCACUUACGAGCAAGGAUGACUAAGAGUGGGCCUGGCAAGACUGUGGAACAUUCAUAUUAGCUCACAGACUUGUCAAUAAUGACUAGUUCUCAGAAAUGGGACUUUUAUUUUUUGUCUUUUUAAGCCGGUGGAACCGGACGCAGAUUGACUUUUCUUUGUCUUUCUACUGUUUUUAAGCCAUAGCCAUCCCCAGAUGACAACGAACUGAGACUGCAGUGGCAGAAUCCCUCGUUUCCUCACUCUAGAAACAGACCACCCUAUUCCUCAUAAAAGCUUUACCAGCCUUUUGGUGUAUUGAGAAUCAAGCAUGGCUGUUAUACUCACACUUGUUUCUUUUAUUAUGCCGCCCUGGACAUUACACCGCCACAGCACAAGGAGUCAGCACAAACUAAGCCUUGGUGGUACAUGCUUUUACUGGCUGAAUGAAGGCCUCUUUGUGCAGUGCUCUUGUCCACCCUGCUCCUGUAUCCCAGCAUUCACGGAAUCCUGGAGGAGGAACCAGGCAUGUCAUGAAGGAAACGCAUUGUGGGCGUUUUCCCAUAAUGUUCUCUGUCAUUCUUUUGUUACCCAGAUUUCAGGGUCUUGUCCUUCCCCUCCUGUGCCCAAGUGGUGAUGCGCGAACUGUUGUGCAACCCACGGUCCUCUCACUAAGCAUGCGUCAAGGCUGCUGUUUUCCUUACAAACAAAUAGUAUAUGAACUAUACACAGUGAUUUCAAUGGACGUUUUAAAGUUUUUUUUUUUGUUUUUUUGGGUCAUUUUAUUAGUAACAGUUUUAAUUUAUUCUACUGGUUCAUUCUGGUAAUGAGAAAUAAUAUAAAGAUUGUGGAGUUUUUAUUUUUCCUCCUUUUUCAGUGUUGAUCUCUCUUUUUCUGUGAUAUUUACAAAAAUACACUUGCAAAACUGAUACGCAACUACAAGCAAUAUGUGUUUUUACUUCGUUUUUUGUCCUCCUUUUUCUUUAUAAGGGAGUGCAGUUAUUACCAGGAAUUAUCUGAUGUUUAAAUGCACUUUCUGUUGCUUUAAGAGGGAAGUUUUAGAACGUUCUCAUUAAAAGGGUACCACAGCGCUUUACAAAAAAAUCAUGUGUAACCAUUGAUGUCCUGCAGUGUGUCACAAACUAAAGCAUUUGGUAUGGCUUUUGUUUGUCUCUCCAGCCUGCUGGCUUGAAUUAUUAAAGACUUUAAUCCAGCAUGAAUAUUCUAGAGUAAUCUAGAAAAAAUAUGUAUGAUACCCCAGCAUUGUAAAAUGAGUAGUGACUCAUUUUGAUUUUCAAGAAUUAGAUUUUUGUAUUAACAAGCACACAAGACGAAAUGAAGGGGAAAAAAUGACAGGGGCUCUAAAGGGGGUUGUCUGUGUCCCCCAUUUGUUCUGCAUAUUUAUGACUUUAUUUAUUGUUUGUUUGGGUCUGAUUGUGGGAGGAUGUGUGGAUGGAUGUUGUGAAUGACUGACAGAAGGACCCUUUGCAGAUGCUCUUAUAAACUGGCGUCUUGGAGAGGAGAUAAACCCCAACCUUUUCAUCAACAAAAAAAGGAUACACAACUACAUGCAUUUGAACCUGGCUGAUGGUCUGACAGUUAUGUCUGCUGAUCAAGUAGUUUUACUGGAUCAUAAACUUUAUAUGAAAGACCAGUAACUGAUAAGAACAGAAUCUGCACUAUGGUGACAAUACAUUCUGCUUGCUUUCUUCUCAGGGGAGCUUUUAAUGAGUCAGUUACAUGUCUGAGCUUUCUCUAUUUAUCCCUUUUCUUCAUCUCUCUUUAGAACCAAUUUAUCUACUCUUUCUCUCCUUCACUCCCCUUUUCCCUUCAUCCUCUCUGUUUCUCUCAGAAUCUUUAGAUGCUCCAAAGGUUAAAUAUAACACAGAAAGGAUGUGUGUGUGCAAAUGUGAAUGGGAUUGCCCUCUCCAUGGGAGAUAGUUCAGCAAUUUAUUUAUGUCUGUAUUUUUCAGUUAGCUUUUCUGUAUGGCAAAUCUUGUAUUUGUGCUGCUGUAAGUUUUUUUCCUUGUGUGAGACAUUACCUGUAUUUCCUUUUCCUUCCUUGUACUAUAAUUUUAAAGACAUUGUUAUCAUUAUUUAAAACAUGUAAUAAAAAGAUGCAGGCUGUCCUUUUUUGCUGAAAUUGUUAAAUAGUUGGCAACAUUAUUAUUAUUAUUAUUAUUAUUAUUAUUAUUAUUCUAUUUUGUGUGAAUAGCAUCGUAUCAACAAAACUAAUUGAUAUAGGGAAUUUUUUAAAGAGAAAAUCUUGAUACAUUAGGCUGCUUGACGCAAAAUACCUCAGGUUCUUUUGAAAGGCUUGUUCCUCCCCAUGUACCCAUUUUGUGAUGAUGAAACAAAAUACAAACAUUACAAAAUAUGAAA